AUGACGACUUGCUGCGUAACGACGGUGUGCUACCCCAUACCCCUUUCUCUCCCUUACUCCCCUCUCAAACUCCCCUCACCCAUCCCUGCCAUUUCUCCCAAUCCCAUCGUCUCUCCCUUCUCAUACUCCCCUCACCCCCCCCUGCCCUCUCUCCCCUCACUCCGCCUUGUCCUAUCCCCUCACUCCGCCUUGUCCUAUCCCCUCACUCCGCCUUGUCCUAUCCCCUCACUCCCUUUCCUAUCCCCUGACUCCCUGUCCUAUCCCCUCACUCCGCCCUGUCUUUUUCUCAGCCCCCCUUUUCCCCCUUUUCCCUCUUUGCCUUACUCCCUUCUUCCCCCUUUCCCCUCUCUUCCUCACUCCCUUCUUCCCCCUUUUCCCCUCUCUGCCUUACUCCCUUCUUCCCCCUUUUCCCCUCUCUGCCUUACUCCCUUCUUCCCCCUUUUCCCCUCUCUGCCUUACUCCAUUCUUCCCCCUUUUCCCCUCUCUGCCUUACUCCCUUCUUCCCCCUUUGUCUCCCCCCUGCUCACUCUUUGUUUUUUCCCCUGGUUACACUGUAUUUCCUCCCAGCUCCCCUUUUGUUUCCCUGCUGCCAACACUCUGUUUUCACUCCCCCCCUCAUUCCUCUGUCACCUCUCCGCUAAAGCCCUCUGA